AAAAAUUUUAAUUUGAUUUUUGUGUGCGUUUCCAAUAUUUAAAGAUUUAAUUAAAAUUUUAACUAAUUUAUUAAAAUGGGUGAAUGUUUUAAAGAACUCAAGGCAGCUAUAGAAGAAUUAAAUGAAGAAGUUAACCAUCGUAGAGCAGUACUUGAAAAAUAUAAGAAUGAUAACAUGGACGCUCUUGAAUCGUCGCUUAUAGGAGAUUCUAAUUUGAAUAAAAACAAGUUUCCAGCUAGAGAAAAAAUAGAAGUAAUGUCCUCUGAAGUAGUUGAUUCAAAUCCAUAUAGCCGAUUAAUGGCUUUACAACGCAUGGGAAUCGUUGAAAAUUAUCAAAGAAUACGCGAAAAGUCAGUAGCAAUAAUUGGUAUCGGCGGAGUUGGAAGUGUAACAGCUGAUAUGCUUACAAGAUGUGGAAUUGGGAAAUUGUUACUAUUUGACUAUGACAAAGUUGAGUUAGCUAAUAUGAAUAGAUUAUUUUUCACACCGGAUCAAGCCGGCUUAUCAAAAGUAGAAGCAGCAGCAAACACUUUAAAUUUUAUCAAUCCAGAUGUUGAAAUUUUGAUAUAUAACUUUAAUAUCACCACAGUUGAAUUUUUUGAUCAAUUCUUAGAAUCUAUUAAAAAUGGUGGUAAGGAACCGGGAACACCAGUUGAUUUAGUAUUAAGUUGUGUAGAUAAUUUUGAGGCUCGUAUGACGAUUAAUCAAGGGUGUAAUGAAUUGAAUCUUAACUGGUUUGAAUCUGGUGUCUCAGAAAAUGCAGUUUCUGGUCAUAUACAAUUUAUUAGACCAGGGGAAACAGCAUGUUUUGGAUGCGCUCCACCAUUAGUUGUAGCUGAAAAUAUUGAUGAAAAAACUCUGAAACGUGAAGGUGUAUGUGCAGCUAGUUUACCAACAACUAUGGGAAUAACAGCUGGCAUGUUAGUGCAAAACGCCUUAAAAUAUUUAUUGAAUUUUGGUGAAGUAUCAGACUAUUUGGGUUAUAAUGCAAUGAAAGAUUUCUUCCCAAAAAUGACCCUUAAGCCAAACCCAAAUUGCGAUGAUAGAUAUUGUCGACAAAGACAAGAAGAAUAUUUAGCAAAAGCUAAAUCUGAUCUAAAAGAAACUAAAACUCAAGAAACUGAAGAUAAACCAUUACAUGAGGAAAAUGAAUGGAAAAUUGAAUUAGUUGAUUCUUCUAAAGUUGAUACUUCGAAAAAUGACGGUGCAACUGUUAAAACUGAAAUAGCGGAAGGACUUAAAUUAGCAUAUGAUGCUCCAGAUAUAGAAAAUGUAAUGGGUGGAGAUGUUAUUACACCAACGAAUGACGUUAGUUUAGAUGACUUAAUGUCACAAAUGAAAUCAAUUUAAUUUUGUAUAUAGGAACAUAAAUUGAAUAUUUUUUUUUUUAAAUUUUGAAACUGAUUAACUAAAAUUAAAUAUUAAACAAGAAUUUUGAACAAAAACAAUUUUUUAUACAGUUUUUACAAUUGCCUCAUUUCUAAAUAUAACAAUUUUUAAUACAGAUUUUUUA